UAUUUUUUUGGACAGAGGUAGUUUAAUGUUAUUUCUGUCUAUAUGUGGAUUCUAAACAAACAAAUUAAGAACAUAGAAAGUCAGAAGACCCGAUUAGCAAUGGAGUCUCUCUUUCCAACUCUUCUUGUUUCCUUAAUCAUUCUUUCGUUAUCAACCCUUUUCUUCCUUUUCGGCAGCCGUAAAAACCACCGGUUUCCUCCAGGACCUCCAGGAUGGCCAAUUCUUGGCAACCUCUUAGAUCUUGGUACUAUGCCACACCGUACUUUAACCAAGUUAAGAGAAAAAUACGGGGGCGUCAUUGGUUUAAGGCUAGGCAGCGUGAACACUAUGGUUAUCCUCUCGGCCAAGCCAGCUUCCGAGUUAUUCAAAUACCAUGAUCUUUCAUUCGCAGAACGCAACAUAACCGAAACCAUGCGUUCUCAUGGCUAUAAUGAAGGUUCUUUAGCCAUAGCCCCUUAUGGUUCCUAUUGGCGUGUAUUGAGACGGCUAGUUACAGUAGAUAUGCUUGUAAACAAGCGUAUCAAUGAAACUGCCUCUAUAAGAAGAAAAUGUGUUGAUGAUAUGUUGCGUUGGAUAAAAGAGGAGACUUAUGAGGCUAAUGAUCAUGGUAUUCAUUUAGCACGAUUUGUCUUUCUGAUGACAUUUAAUUCAUUAGGAAAUCUCAUGUUCUCGAAAGAUUUGGUCGAUCCAGAAUCGAAAGAGGGCUCAGAAUUUUUCACAGCAAUGAUGGGACUAAUGGAGACUUCUGGGUAUGCAAAUGUUGCAGAUUAUUUUCCAUGGCUUAGGUGGUUAGAUCCUCAGGGGUUGAAGAGAAGGAUGGAUAAGGAGCUUGGUAAAGCUUUGGAGAUUGCUUCUAAAUUUGUUAAGGAAAGAAUUGAAGAGAAGAAGGUUGUUGGAGAUAGAAGGAAGGAUUUUCUUGAUGUGUUGCUUGAGUUUGAAGGAAAUGGGAAAGAUGAACCAGCUAAAAUAUCAGAUCGCGAUACCAAUAUUUUUAUCCUGGAAAUCUUUAUGGCCGGUUCAGAAACCACCAGCAGCACCAUUGAAUGGGCAAUGACUGAGCUUCUCUGCAACCCUGAGUCAAUGACAAAGGCCAAAGCUGAGCUUGCCUCAGUAAUAGGACCAAACAGAAAGGUUGAAGAGACUGACAUAGACAACCUUCCAUUCUUACAGGCUAUCGUCAAAGAAACUUUACGAUUACACCCUCCUAUUCCAUUUCUGGUUCCGCGAAGAGCAAUGCACAAUACUAAAUUUAUGGGUUACGAAAUUCCAGUAAAUACACAAGUUCUUGUAAAUGCUUGGGCUAUAGGAAGAGACCCAAAUGUGUGGGACGAGCCAUUGUGUUUUAAGCCUGAAAGAUUUAUAGGGUCAAAUGUUGAUUAUAAAGGUCAAAAUUAUGAGUUCAUCCCUUUUGGAGCUGGAAGAAGAAUGUGUGCAGGAGUAACUUUAGGGCACAGAGUCCUCCACCUUAUCUUGGGGUCUUUGCUUCACCAUUUUGAUUGGGAACUUGAAGCCAAUGUGAAUCCUGAGAAAGUGGAUAUGAGAGACAGGUUGGGUAUUACCAUGCGCAAGUUGGAGCCACUAAUAGCGGUUCCUAAAACAGUGAGAUUUGAAGAUUAAUUAGUUGAAAUGAAUUUUUUUA